AUGGAAGUUCCAACAGCAACGUCGCUACGCGACAUCUACCCCGAGGACGCGCUCCCAGUCGAAACAAAGCGAUGGGAGAGCCUACUCGCCAAGUUCAAGGACCUCUACGGCAAACAAGCAGACUUCGUCGCUAGGAGUCCUGGACGUGUCAACAUCAUUGGCGAGCACAUUGACUACUCCUUAUACGAGGUCUUGCCCAUGGCUAUCACCGCCGACUUCAUCAUGGCCGUUGCUGUACGACCGACCGAGGAAAAGCCGCGCAUACGGAUAGCAAACCUCAACUCCGAGAAGUUUCCCACCCGCGAGUUUGACAUUCCCGAGGGAGAGAUUCCAAUCGACGCUUCCGAGCAUGAGUGGACCAACUACUUCAAGUCCGGAUUGAAGGGCGUAUCACAACUACUACAGAAGAAGCGGGGCAAGUUCACAUCCGUGGGCAUGGACAUUGUUUGCGACGGCACAGUACCAAGUGGUGGCGGUCUCUCCAGUUCGGCGUCCGUCGUUUGCACAAGUUCUCUUGCUGUACUAGCUGCGAAUGGCGAGGAGAAGAUCGACAAGACCGAGCUAUGCGAACUUGCGAUUGUUUCUGAGCGCGCAGUCGGUGUCAAUUCUGGAGGUAUGGACCAGGCAGCUUCCGUCUUCUCCCUUCGCGGUUCCGCCCUCUACGUGUCUUUCAAGCCCAGCCUCAACUACACAAACAUCGAGUUUCCGAAAACAGACCCUGAACUCGUCUUCGUUACCGCCCAGAGUUUCGUCGCCGCAGACAAGCACGUCACAGCCCCUGUAUGCUACAACCUACGUGUAGUGGAAUGUACACUAGCAGCGGUCUUCCUAGCCAAAGCAUUCGGCCUGAAGAAAGAUCUCCCAACAGACUCAUCCCCUCUCGGCGUCAGCCUGCGCGGCUUUCACGACACCUAUUUCGAAGACAAAGAAGGCGUCUCAGACAACACCAAGAUCUCUGUCUCGGAGUUCGAAACGCAACUCACAAAGCUUAUCCAACACACCGAGGACUACCUUCCCCAAGAAGACGGCUACUCGCGCCAGCAAAUCUGCGGCCUCCUAGGCAUCUCCGAAGACGAACUCAACCAACGCUACAUGUCCAAGUUCCCUGUCCGCGCCGAGAAAUUCAUGCUCCGCCAACGCGCCCUGCACGUCUUCACCGAAGCCCUCCGCGUGAUCAAGUUCCGAUCGCUACUCGCUUCACCGCCGUCAAAUGACCGCGCGUACCUGCAAUCACUAGGCGAUCUGAUGAACACAACGCAAGACUCGUGUCGCGAAAUUUACGACUGCAGUUGUCCCGAGCUGGACGAGUUGUGCGACUUGGCGCGUGCAGCGGGAAGUUGUGGUAGUAGACUUACUGGAGCAGGCUGGGGUGGAUGUAGUGUGCAUCUUGUGCCUAAGGACAAGGUUGAGGCAGUUAAGAAGGCGUGGGUGGACAAGUACUAUAAGAAGAAGUUUCCAGAUAUUACCGAGGAGAAGCUCAAGCAGGCGGUUGUUGCCAUGCAGAAAAUCAUGCGGACUGUACUGCAUCAAUACCGUAGUAGCUUCUAUGAGGCGCCUUGCUAUAUCCUCACGUCGAUCAUCUCUUCCAAGGCGGCGGUAUCACAGCUCCUGCACCCAACAACGAUAUACAAUCUACUACAUUCCGAUCAGGACGUUGCAACUCCUGUCUUCACACCUACACGCAUAUCACAAUAUCGACAAGUAACCCCCAUCCAGCGACCCACCACCAACAUGCCUAGACGCAACCCCAACCGUCGUAGAAGACCAUCGCGAAAGACGCAUUCUCAGGAACCAAGUUUCGAUCGAGCAGGUCAUUAUCAGCAACAUUAUAAUACCAUGUACACGAAUGGAGAUGUACUUCCCGCAGCACGUUUCAGCGAGGAUAGCAUACGAAGACAACUCGGGUAUACGACUCCACAGCCACAACAGAUAAGUGGCGAUAUAACACCAAGAUGGCGGACAGGAUAUUGGUAUACAUAUACGCAUCCUGUUACACGCGAAGAUGUAGUUGUUUGGAUGAGUGGUGGUGAUGGGGGGUUCACACGUGGGUAUGGGUAUGAAUAUGCUGGAGAGGGAGAGCAUUACCGUAACGAAGACUAUGCGAUAGGUGCGGGGCUUUGUGAUCAAGAGUCUACGACUUGCUAUCAGGAUACGCGAAAAUCUGCCGAGCUACCGCUGUUCGGAUAUAGAGAAGGAUAUCACGAUCCGAUUCUGAAAGAUCAGACUGAGGAUUGGUGGAGAUUGUUUGGUCAUGAAGUACCGAAGCAGUUCAUCCUUGGUGCUGAGUCCACUCGAACGGCGGAUGAGGAGUGGAAUGUUGCGGCUUACUUUGCGCCUUAUCGCACGCCAAAGCAGGAGUCGUGCCCUAGAUCUGAGAGGGAGUAUCGCGACGGGAAGGAAAAUGCCUCAAGGAGGAGUGAAGAAUCCGGAAAUGAGCUCUCGACAGGCGAGGUUGGUGGUGGGAUAUCGCGGGCAUGCAGGGGAAGGGAUGAUUGGGAAUGUGACUUUUGUGGAGUAGAGUGCUUUUGUUGGACUGUUGAAGCCGAGAUGACCGAAAUUUGGUGA